GGGGCAGGGCAGAUGAUGCCCAGUGAUUCCCUUGAGGGGGAGACCGAGUUUAGGGGGCUGCAGGUGGGAGGGGGCACUAACGGUCCUGGGCCGCUCUCCCCGGCCUGGCCCUUGCGAAGCGGCUUCUUGGCCGCCAGAGGUUCCCUGCCCCGCAGGCGCCGGACUUGGGUGGGGCGGGAGCCCGGCUGCAGCCUCGCCGCGCCGCGCCGCGCCGCGCCGCCCGGGGCCAGGCUUCCUCCGGGGCAGACGGGAGCGUGCCCCGCUCCGCGCGCCCUUUCAGCGUCCCAGGGCCGGGCCGGCCGACUUGGGGCGAGGGGGCGGCCGCCGCCCGCUCAGCCGCUCCCCGCCCCCGGCGCGGGUAAGAUGGCGGCUGCGGCUCGGGCGCUGAGCGGCUCGGGGCUGCUUCUGGCCGCCGCCGCCCUCGCCCUCCUGGCCGUGGCCAUCGGCACCGACUCCUGGUAUCAGACGGACGCGCGGCGGCACCGCGAGCGCUGCCGGGGCGUCGGCCACAAGCGCAGCGACCCGCCCGGCUCCAUGUCGGCGCCCAGCCCGCACCUGCCGCUCCGCGCCCGCCCCCCGCGGGCCCUGCUGCCCGGCCGCCCCCCGGCCUCUGCGCCGGCCCCGGCUGCCGCCGCCCUGGACUCGCACUGCGGCCGCCGCUUCAACUCCACCGUGUCCGGGCUCUGGAGGCGCUGCCACCGCGCGGGCUACGAGGCAGACAGCGAGGAGCUCAUCCGCACGGGAGUUAUUCAGCGCUGCACUGCUGUGAAGUACCAUUACACCUCAUCCUCUCUGCCACGCAACUUACCCAUCAAUAUUACCAACAUCAUCCGGCAGGACGAGUGGCAUGCUCUCCAUCUGCGGAGAAUGACAGCCGGUUUCAUUGGCAUGGCAGUCUCCAUCAUCCUGUUUGGCUGGAUCAUUGGUAUGCUGGGCUGCUGUAAACAGCACGAGCUCAUGCAAUAUGUGGCAGGGCUGCUCUUCCUCAUGGGAGGUACAUGCUGUAUCAUCUCACUCUGUACCUGUGUGGCUGGGAUUAAUUUUGAGUUGUCCCGCUAUCCUCGCUAUGUCUAUGGGCUCCCAGAGGAUAUCAGCCAUGGCUAUGGAUGGUCCAUGUUCUGUGCCUGGGGAGGCCUAGGACUUACUCUUUUGGCUGGAUUCCUCUGCACGCUGGCUCCCUCACUCAAUGCCUCUCGUACUGCUGUACAGAAACCCAGACAGGAAAAUGGAGCUGUGUGACCUUGAAGGGUGCAGGAGAAGACUCCAGCAAGCACAGCCUAGGUAAAACUGUGGGUUAACAGCACCAUGCACAUUUCUGCCCCAUUGCUGAGGGUGGUGCACACCUAUGGAACAAACUAGGGAUGUUAAAGGUUUUUAGCCAAGUCCUGUGGUAAAUGCAACCCUGUGGUUCUCUUGCUACAGAAUUUCUGUCUUAGACACAGACUCUACAACAAGCUGGGGUUGACAUCUUACUGAUUUGCUCAUUGAUUUAAGAGGAGUUUUUCUUUUAUAUACAAGGGAUUAUCUCUUUAUUUGAAACACUAACUGCAGCUCUUUUGUUCUAGUCCAGUUGUGGAGGAUUCUUGUCCAUUAUAAAUGUAUAGCUGCAGAGUUUGGGUAACACGGGCAGGAGGCUGAUCACCCUUCCAGCUGGCUUGGCCUAGCCCUCCAUUUUCCAAAAGAGCCUGGAGAUCCAAAUAGUGGUUCAGGCAAAGGGCAAUUCAUCCAUCCUCGGUAUUGAUAGAUCUGCUGCAAAAAGUGAGGCUCACUAUGCAAUGGGAGCUGCUGGUGGCCACUACUGAACUUGCUUGGAAAGACAGCAGGAGUUAAACAAACCAGCCUUCCCCUUCUUUGGGGAGGGGGGUAGUGGGUCUUCAGCUCCAGGAAGGGCCUGAUAUGGAGAGCAGAAGUCAGUCACUUCUUUGCCAGUUAAUGCACAUGACCCUAGUUGAGUGUGUGCAAAAGCGAGGAGCUAUAAGCAACAUUCAUUCACUGUGGAAUUGUUCCAUAAGGGGACAGAGGUGCAUUUCUGUGGCAGAAGUUUCAGCUCCUGGGAUCAACUUCUCUGUGAAAAGAGUUGAUAGCUUUUACUGUUGAGCUUAGAGGGAGACACACUACUGUUACUGUUCUACUUUCAUGGUAGCAGUUUGUUGUAGUAUUACCAGAAGAUUUAUUUUCCCCAGAAAGUUUGGCUUAUGCUCCUUUCAUACACUGUCCCUAGUUAUCCAUCUGGAAUGUGGGAUAUAAUAUCAGCUGAUUCCAUAUCCUGUAACCAGCAAAGAACAAAUUUUUUUUGGAGGAAGGGAUGGUGAGUAGCUUGUAACCCACAGCAGCAGUAAGGCUAACUCAGGAACAUGAGCCAAGCUACUGCCAGGUAAAGUUUUCUUUCAUACAUACCUCCUGCUGCUCCCCCACAAGGUGCAGUAGGAGAGGGAUGUGUUUUUCUAACACAAGUGAAUGGCAUGUAAGAUAAGCAGUAUAUUUAUAAAGUGUCAUUUUUAAAUGGGAGGCUGUGAUUCUCAGCUGGCAUUAAAGUACUGAAAAACUUGAA